CUGACCGGAGCCGGCCUCUCGGUGGAGAGCGGCAUACCGUCGUUUCGCGGGCCGGACGGCCUGUGGACCAAGUACGGGCAGCCGAGCAAUUUGUCAUAUGGGGUGUUCUCCCGGGACCCGCAGGACUGGUGGGAGCAGAGGCUGAGCGAUGAGGUGACGCCGGGCAACCCGACCUACGAUCUCAAGGACGCGGUGGACAACGCCGAGCCCAACCCCGGUCACGUUGCCAUCGCGCAACUGGAGGACGCGGGCAUCAUCAGGGCGGUGAUCACGCAGAACGUGGACGACCUGCACGGAAGAGCAGGCAGCCUCCACCUGCUGGAAAUCCAUGGCAACCGCAACUACCUACGCUGCAUCGGGUGCGGGUGGCGACGGCCACGGGCGGAGCACGCCAUCACCGACGUUCCACCGGUGUGCGUAGAAUGCGGCGGAAUCAUCAAGCUGGACACGGUGAUGUUCGGCGAACCGAUUCCGCGGGCGGUGCUGGAUGCCUGUUUCGCGGAGACGCAGCGCUGCGACGCGAUGCUGCUGGUGGGAACGUCAGGGGCGGUGAACCCGGCCGCGCAACUGCCGUUGCUGGCCCGCGAGCGGGGCGCCAGGAUAAUUGAGGUGAAUCCCGAACCCACGCAACUCACCGCCGCCGCGCACGUUGUAGUGACCGGACCGUCCGGUGAUAUGCUGCCGCGAAUCGUGCAGGCGCUUUGCUCCGGUGAAUAUCGGUCAAACUGA